AUGCGAGCUCGUUUAACAGGUAUUUUUCACAAAAUUGAAACAUUACCAUCAACGCUUGAUAUAGAAAAUAAUAUUCAUAUUAUUGCUGAUACUGAUAAAUUACUUGCUGAUAUUCCAUGUCCAUUUGCUUUUGAUGCUUUAUCUAAUCUUGAUUUUGAAUUACUUAAUAAAAUUAAUUAUAAAUUUCAAUAUGAUCUUCAUCGUCGUCAACAUUCAGCUUCAUUGACAUAUAAUAGUCAAGUUAAUAAAGUAGUUGAUAAUCAUUUAUUUUCUGAAAAAAAGAAAACAACAUCAAAAAGAAAUUUUUUUAUUUGUACGAAAUCACAUUCAUUAACAACACAUUGGGAUAUUGAUACAAUUCUUGUUCAAGAUAAAAAUGAUAUUGAAGUUGAUUUAUUUGUUCGUUUUGAUCGUCAACCAAACACAGAUUCACCUAAAUCAUUUAUUGGUUUUUAUAAUGUAAUACUUAAAGCAUCUAAACAUGAAUUAUUUCAAUUAAUUGAUCUUAAUGGUAACGUAACAAAACAAUCAGGAAUAUUAUCAACAUAUAAUUCAAUUACUUAUCGUAUUGAUAAUGCAUUAAAAGAAAUAAAUAGAAAUCUUAUUAUUGAUCAUAAUAUAACUGAAAAUCAAUCACCAUUAGUACGUAUUGAUAAUGAAUUAGAAUAUUUACGUGGUAACGGUGAUCAUUUACAUGAAAUUCUACAAUUAUCUGGAAAUCCAUUAAGUACUAUUAGAGAAUUAACAAUUGAUAGAGAAAAUCAUAUUGGAAAAAUGAAAUGGCUACAACAAUUUGGUGUUCAUGUUGAAUUUGGUAAUCCAUUAUCAAAUUUAACAGUACUUUAUUUCUUCUACAACUUAUCUUUGCUUCAUAAAGAUGAUGAUCAAACAAUUGAUGCAUCCCUUGGUUUUAAACUUGCUUCAUCAAAAAUUGCACCAACUAGUUUUUACUUUUCAUCCGGUGGUUUACUUAAUACAACACUUCAUGUUAGUAAAACAUUACGUGUUCGUGAUGAUAUUGCAUUAAGUACAUCACUUACAGCUCAAUAUAAUCCUCAAUCAAUAAGUCAAGUAAAUGUUUUUACAAAUUCAAAUUAUUAUGGACAAGAAUUUCAAAAUUCUCUUUAUGCAUUAUUUAAACAACAUCAAGUUACUGUACGUAGUAUUUUCAAUACAUCAGGUAAUGAAUAUUAUAAAUAUGAAAUGGAUAUUGGUUUUAAUGAUAAUUUACUUACUGGACAUACAGAAAGAAAGAAUGGAAAACAAACAAUUAUAUCCGAUAUUAAUGCUAAAAUAUGUUCACCAACUGGAACAGCUAAAUUAGAUGUUAAAGUCUUAGAUCAACUUGAAAUUAAAUUUGAUCAUACACAUCUUGGUCGUUUACGUGAUGAUGAUUUUCGUUCUAAAACAUUAAUUGAUGGAAAUUUGUUACGAUCAGAUAAUAAACGUUCAUCUAGUUAUUCAGGUUCAGUUGUUAAAGAUGAUGGAAAUAUUAAUACAGAUAAAAUCUGUCUAUUGUAUGGUAAAUCUCGUUUGGAUAAUCAUUCACAUGAUCGAAUAACUCCAUUAACUCUUCUGGAAAAUAUAUCAACAACGAAUGAAUUAAUUGAAGAUUUACAUAAUAAAGGUUUCGCAAUGCGACAUGCUACUAAUGAACAUAUGAUGGUUUAUAUUUAUAUAAAUAAUGAUGAUAAUGACAAGCAAACAAAUCAAAUAAAACAAGAUAAAUUAAAAAUGGAAUUAGGUUUUAUAGAAAAAUUACUACGAAAAACAAAACAUCAACUAUAUAAACGACUUAAACAUUUACAAAGACAUCGAAUAAUUAAAAUCACGACGGAUGAUAUUCAUCCACCAAUGGCUGUUGCACCAAUAGUUCCACCAUCAAAGUUUCAUAGUUCAAUGAUAGUAUCUCGUGUUAUGAUACAAUUUGAUGAUUCAUUAUCUGUUCUUAAUAAUGCUCAAUAA